CUCCCUCCCCUCUCCCCCUCCUCCUCCUCCUCCUCCUCCUCCGCCUAUCGCGACAGCCUCCCCCCUCCUCCUCCCGUCGCGACCAUGGGCUGGCAGGCCGAGCGCGACAAGGUGGUGAUCAACGUCGGCGGGGUCCGCCAUGAGACGUACCGCAGCACCCUGCAGACCCUGCCGGGCACCCGCCUGGCCGGCCUGGCCGAGCCCGGCGCCGCCGCCCGCUUCGACUACGACGCCGGCGCCGGCGAGUUCUUCUUCGACCGCCACCCGGCCGUGUUCGCCUACGUGCUCAACUACUACCGCACCGGCAAGCUGCACUGCCCCGCCGACGUGUGCGGGCCGCUCUUCGAGGAGGAGCUCGCCUUCUGGGGCAUCGACGAGACCGACGUGGAGGCGUGCUGCUGGAUGAACUACCGGCAGCACCGCGACGCCGAGGAGGCCCUGGACAGCUUCGAGAGCCCCGAGGGGCCCGGCCCGCCCGAGCCCGCCGAGCCCAAGCGCCUGUGCCUGGAGGAGGGCAGGCCCGCCGGCUGGUGGAGGAGGUGGAGGCCGCGGCUCUGGGCGCUCUUCGAGGAUCCCUACUCGUCCAGGAUGGCCAGGUACGUGGCCUUCGCCUCCCUCUUCUUCAUCCUCAUCUCCAUCACCACCUUCUGCCUGGAGACGCACGAGGCCUUCAACCGCGUCAUCAACAAGACCGAGACGGUGGCCACGGGCAACGGCACGGGCACGCAGGUGGCCGUGGAGGUGGAGACCGAGCCCUUCCUCACCUACGUGGAGGGCACGUGCGUGGUGUGGUUCACCUUCGAGUUCCUCAUGCGCGUCAGCUUCUGCCCGGACAAGCGCGACUUCGUCAAGAGCAGCCUCAACAUCAUCGACUUCGUGGCCAUCCUGCCCUUCUACCUCGAGGUGGGGCUCCGGGGCCUCUCCUCCAAGGCGGCCAAGGACGUGCUGGGCUUCCUGCGGGUGGUGCGCUUCGUGCGCAUCCUGCGCAUCUUCAAGCUGACGCGGCACUUCGUGGGGCUGCGCGUGCUGGGCCACACGCUGCGCGCCAGCACCAACGAGUUCCUGCUGCUCGUCAUCUUCCUGGCCCUGGGCGUGCUCAUCUUCGCCACCAUGAUCUACUACGCCGAGCGCAUCGGCGCCGACCCCGACGACGUCACCGGCAGCCGCCACACCUACUUCAAGAACAUCCCCAUCGGCUUCUGGUGGGCCGUGGUGACCAUGACCACGCUGGGCUACGGGGACAUGUACCCCAUGACGUGGUCGGGCAUGCUGGUGGGCGCCCUGUGCGCCCUGGCCGGCGUGCUCACCAUCGCCAUGCCCGUGCCCGUCAUCGUCAACAACUUCGGCAUGUACUACUCGCUGGCCAUGGCCAAGCAGAAGCUGCCCAAGAAGAAGAACAAGCACAUCCCCAGGCCCCCACAGCCCGGGUCGCCCGGCUACGGCUCGCCCGGAGCGGGGAUGGGCACGGGGAUGGGGAUGGGACCCAACGGAGGAGGCGGCGGCAGCGGCACCGGCAGCCCCCGAGGGGCGCGCAGGGCACCCCCGGCCUGCCCCCUGGCACAGGAGGAGGUGGUGGAGAUCAACAGGGCCGAAUCGCGACCCAACGGCGAGGCGGGCAGGGCGGCGCUGGCCCAGGAGGAUUGUCCCCCCAUCGACCAACCCCUGUCCCCCGACGAGCGGCCCGGGGGGGCCGUGCUGGUGCUGGGGGGACCCCAAAACGGCCCCCCCGGAGGAGGAGGAGGAGGAGGAGGAGGGGCAGGAGGAGGGGGAGGGGGUCGCGAGCGCUGCGGUCGCGACAGGGCCUGUUUCCUGCUCGGCCCCGACUACGCCCCCCCCCCAGAGGGACCCCUGCGCAAAGGUGGGUGAGGAAUUCCCCCCAAAUCCCUAAAAAAAUCCUCAAAAUCUACCCCAAAAUCAACCCCCUCCUGCCCCUGGGGGGACAAACACACCCAGACCCUAAAAAAUCCCCAAAUCUACCCCAAAAUCAACCCAUUCCUGCC